AGUGCAAUCGCGGCCGUUUCCCGCGCAAACAAGCGCCUGCUCGUCACGAUCGCCGCCAAAAUAUCCGUCGUGCAUGCGUGCAACUGUUCGUAACCGUUGUGAUUGCGCGGGCCACGGCUUCAUUCGACUUUCAGCGCUCAGUGUCGGCGAGUCGGCGUAGUCUCUUACUCUCUCUCUCUCGCACAGAAAAGCGACUUUCGUUUGAGAAACCAUCAUGUCUGGACGCGGCAAGGGCGGCAAAACCAAGGGAAAGGCGAAGACUCGCAGCAGCAGGGCAGGGCUGCAGUUCCCCGUGGGGAGAAUCCAUCGUCUCCUCAGGAAAGGUAACUACGCGGAGCGCGUCGGUGCCGGAGCGCCGGUCUAUCUCGCCGCCGUGAUGGAAUAUCUGGCGGCCGAAGUGCUCGAGUUGGCUGGAAAUGCCGCGAGGGACAACAAAAAGACGAGGAUAAUUCCUCGCCAUCUGCAAUUGGCCAUAAGAAACGACGAGGAAUUGAACAAAUUAUUGUCUGGAGUGACCAUUGCUCAAGGUGGAGUCUUGCCUAACAUCCAAGCGGUCUUAUUACCCAAGAAAACUGGCACCAGUGGUUCCGGAAAGGGUGACAAAGCGUCACAGGAAUAUUAGAUAUAUCACACAUAACUCUUUGAUCGCAUACUUAGAAAUAUGCCUUUGUUUCUUGAUACAUUGACAAAUUUUACGUUCUCUUAUAAGAAUCCUGUGACAGGGCUGGGAUAUUUAUAUACCUCACGAAUAGAUAAAGAAUGUGAAAAGAUUAACACAACAGUGCUGAAAGGAUAUUUUCUAUUUUCUUAUAUUCGUUUGAUAUGUUUUCAAUUAUUUUCUUCUCUCCACGCUUCUAGUCUUAACAAUCGUCUGUGAGGAAUCGUUUUAAUAUUCUGAAAAUUUUUUAAUUAACAUUUGCAAGUAAAAUUCUGAUUUUGUCGCGUGCGUCUGUCCUGCCCUGGACACCGGUUGGAAAGUAAUAGUAAUUGCCGUCUCAAUAAAAUGCAUUUAAUGGUCUUGAGUGAAGAUGUAUAAUAUGUCGAACACCAAUUCUAAAUUACCAUAUUAUUUCAAGACACUACGCUGUGACCCGUUAACGGACAAUUGCCGAUUUAUUUAGAUUUCAGCUUCUUAUUUUAAGUUUAUGAUUGUUGUACGUAUUUCCUUUUCGUAAUUUCUCUAUAUUUUCUAUCUUGUUUUCGCGUUACGUUAGUUUGUCGCUUGUUCUCUUUAUAUCUGACAUAUUUGAUCUUUAAAUAAUCAAUAAACGUAUUUGGAGAUGUAUGGUGUGAAACUGCUUGAUGUUUUUGUUAAAUGUAAACAAUAUUUAAUGUGAAAAUAAACGGUACUGCCUCCUUA